AUGGCUAUUUAUCUAAGAAUUUUUUAUGCGAUUGACAAGGAUAAUACUGGUGUGAUCACUAGUGUUGAUCUUCGCAAUUAUAUGCAGAAAAUGAGGUACAAAGAAAGCUUUGUUACCACCUGGACAAGUCUCUUUGAUCCCGAACACACUGGAAUUAUUACCUAUGAGAAUUACUGUAAGGUCCUGGGACUGAAACAGGAGAAUCGAACUCCUCCACCUCCGCUCUCAGAAACACAAUCGAAUUCGCAUGCAAUCGAAACUCAAAUUACACCAACGAACUCUGAACCAGUUAGAGCAGAACACACUCUUCACAAGCCAGAGGAGCGGAACUCUGAAAAUUCGGGAUCUCAGUGUCAAAGAACUACUGAUUCUGUGAGUAAGGAAGAUUCGAGCCUGAAGCACCAUAAAGCACAGGAACCCUCUAAUGAGCUGACAUCCAGUGUUGAGGCAACUGAAGAACUAAGAGAGGUUAGUGGAAAAGUGUCAAGAAAGCGGAAACAUGCGAAGUCUCCAAGUAAAGAGAAUGUAAUAACUCCCAUCAUAUCGAAGUCAAAUGUUGAGGCUCAUUCACCCAAGAAUAGUGGAAUGGAAACGAAAUCGGAACCAAUGAAUUUGGCAGCGGAUUCACAGGCAAUGGAAUCCAUAACUCCUCAGAAAGUGGACCAAAUAUUGUCAGCAAAGUCUUCUCUGAACAGCAAAGUAGAUGGGUCUGGAAAGUUAAAAAAGAGAGAGAAAGAAGGAAGUCAUAAGACAUUGAAAGAAUCUUCACAGGAAUCUCCAGAUGUGGAAAGUAAAGGAGCGGAUUCGAAGGAAGGCAAUUCAGGAGAAGUGGUUGAAGGCCAAGAGAAGUGUAAAGAAUCAAAGAGGAAAGGGAAACCGAGGUCACCUGAAAUCAAGGGGAAGGAGCUCUGUGAUGGAAAAGGAGAACAUCCUGGAGACAGUGGAAUGGAUAUAUUUGAUUUUCUGAUUGCAGCGAAAUCAGACCUCAUUGGGAUGAAUGAUGAAUGUUCUGACGAGGAACCCUCCAAGUCCACAAAUGAAGAACUUGCACCAGAAAUGAUGUUUAGAUCUGAAUCUCGAACAAAAUUGGAGACCCAAAACGCAUCUAAACCGAUGGAGGUAGUACUAGAAAAGCAUAAUGAAGUUCAAGAGAAGGAGGAUCAGAAGCCAAAUGAAAAUGCCGUAAUGGAGCCCUCUGUUGAAAAGGGAGAACAUCCUGGAGACAGUGGAAUGGAUAUAUUUGAUUUUCUGAUUGCAGCGAAAUCAGACCUCAUUGGGAUGAAUGAUGAAUGUUCUGACGAGGAACCCUCCAAGUCCACAAAUGAAGAACUUGCACCAGAAAUGAUGUUUAGAUCUGAAUCUCGAACAAAAUUGGAGACCCAAAACGCAUCUAAACCGAUGGAGGUAGUACUAGAAAAGCAUAAUGAAGUUCAAGAGAAGGAGGAUCAGAAGCCAAAGAAAAAUACCAAAAUGGAGUCAUCUGAUGAAAUAGGAGAACAAUCUGAUGAGAGUGGAAUGGAUAUAUUUGAUUUUCUAAUUUCUGGUAAGGAUGGUUUAAUUGAAGCAUUUGAUGAUUUUGAUGACCAACCACAGGAUAAAAUGGUUUCCGAAACCGCGGAUCUUACAGUGACUGGCAACCCAGCUCUAUUUCAUGAAACUGAAAAAGAUAAGCCUCACCAGAGGUCCAAGAACGGAUUCAAAAAUGUGUCGGAGAAGAGUGAACAUAUAGCUUCAAAUGCUCCAGAGGAUAUUUCUGCCUCCAGUAAAGAACAGCUAGAAUCAGGAGAAGAUACAUUUGAUAUGCUCUUAGAAGACAUACGAUGUAUUUCGGAAGAACAGAAUAAAGAUUUUAAGCAUAUGAGACGGAAAUCGGAGUCUUCAAUAUUUGAAGAGGCAUAA